AAACACUCCAUUAUUGCAGGUUUCUUGGCACUUUCCGGGCUCACGAAUUUCACAUUUGUCGCUAAUUGUUCUAACAUCUUGAAGGUUUUACACCACUUCUUGUUGAAGAUACUUAAAGGGCAUGCAGUACUGAAGUAUUGUUCAUUCACAAAUCAACCUUUUCUUUCAGAUGGCCAAGGUCCACCCUCAAAGACCUGCUCCUCCUUCUCCACCUUCUGAUUCUUAUAUCACUUCAAGGAGGGAGACUUUUACUCUGUGGAUGAAAUCACUUGUCAUACAAGGAAAUGGAUACACUGUCUUCAAUUCUGAUGGCGAGAUUGUUUAUCGGAUGGAUAAUUAUGACAAGAAGUGCAGCAGUGAAGUUUAUCUCAUGGAUCUUCAGGGCAAAGUUCUCUUCUCCAUACUUCGAAGGAAGCUACGCGUUUUUGGAAGAUGGGAGGGGUAUAAAUGCAAUGGGUCAAAGGUGGGCAGUCAGAAGCCAUGUUUUCAAGUCAGAAAACAUUGCAGAAUUCUGGGAGGAGGUUCAUCAUGUGAAGUUACAGUGAGGCCUAAUGAAGCUCAAUCAUAUCAUUGCAGAAUACAGGGCUUGGCCGGUAAAUCAACAUUCAAGAUUGUAAACAGUGAAGGAGGAGUCAUGGCAGAGGUAAAGCAAAAGCAAACAUCUUCAGGAGUAGUGCUGGGAGAUGAUGUAUUGGACUUGGUGGUGGAGCCCCAUGUUGAUCAUUCCCUUGUCAUGGCUCUUGUGGCAGUAUGCGGACUGAUCCACCAUAGAAUGUGAAAUAAACUUCUCCCCAUGAAGAUAGUAAAGCUGACUUGAAGAUACAAGAGGCCAGGGUUUUCCAAAGUUUCAUCAACUUCAUCAUACCAGUGAUGAAAGAAAGACCAACACCAUUUUGAAAUGACCCAAUGAAAAUCUGGCAUAUACAGGGACGAUGGAGUCUGAGGGCUUUGAAGAGGCUCAGGGUUCAUAUCAUGAAUGUGAUGAAAAAGAUUUUGAGAACACUCAAGGAAAUGGGAAAUUUGAUGGAAUAGUCUGCUAUACAUGUUUCAGAUAAAAUCCCAAUUCUUUCAUGAUGUAAAAGGGCCAUCAGUGUCAUCACUCAUCACAUUCAAAUAAUCAAAUGACCUUUUUCA